AUGGCAUUCUUCUCUCGCCUUCGCACACAAUUUCUUUCAUGGUCGCAAGAGACACCUCUGCCUACUAUUCUGGUUGAUGCGACACCAGUUUUUCAAUCAUGGCGCGAAUUCGAUUCAUCCAAUAAUGCGUGGAAGAGUGUCAACACGACGUCUACCCGCCAAACAGAAUCGCAUCAGGUGCCACCAAAAUCAGAGCUUCACAUUGUGACGUGGAAUGUCGAUGCCACUCCACCUCUACCCGAAUCGCGCAUGUCGGCAGUCGUAUCUCAUAUCGACAGCCUCACACCGGCAGUUGGUAUUGUUUUCCUACAGGAAGUCUCACGAGCCGCCCUAGAUUUUCUGUUGAAUGAUACUCGGAUACGAGAAGCAUGGUUCGUGAGCGAUUCGGACAAGACAAACUGGGAAGGACAGUCAUUCGCGAGCAUGACGCUGCUAUCAAAGUCGAGAUUCGGGUGUAACAACUCCGAUAAAUUUCAACUUGGCGGUGUGUGGAGAGUCAAGUACCUAAGCCGCUUUGGAAGAGAUGCCCUUUGUUGCGACGUCUUUGUUCCUUUACCAGAGUCCGCCAGCGGAGCCAGUCAGGCUCGCGUCAGGCUCAUCAACGUACACCUGGAUUCCCUUCCGAUACAGCCCACCCGACGACCGCGUCAAAUUGCCAUUGUCGCCUCUCUGCUCCGAAGUGCAGGCCAUGGCGUGGUCGCAGGCGACUUCAACCCUGUACUCCCGGGAGACGACAGUUUGAUCCGGGAUAAUGACCUUGUGGAUGUAUGGGCUGAACUGCGAGGCAACGAGCCAGGUUUCACUUGGGGUAUUGACGGCAACGAACCUUUCCCGCCGAAUCGCAUGGAUAAGGUUGCUAUGCUUGGACUCCGUGCACUGGAAAUAGAGGUCAUGCACCCGGAGAUGGUUAAGCCUCCUCAGGACGUGGGGGAGGGCGUGCCCUGGAGCGAUCACUCGGGUCUGAGAUGUUCAUUUGCACUGGUCGGUCACUGA